UUUCCCGCCCUUUAGCGGUGCGCAGAUGACGCCUGACGUAAUUGCGUCGACGCCAUUUUAGCCGGUCCCACAACGCCCUGGACGUGGCGGCCAUUUUGUUUUGGACGCCGAGCGGGAGUUGGCGGCGGCGGCUGUGGUGGCACAGGCGACAGGCAGGAAAGGGCAGGCCGGGCGAGCAGGCAGAUCGGCCGACUAGACAGCCGAUCCACAACAACGGACUAACUUCGCAAUCUACCGCUUACGCAUCUGACCAACCGCCCACCUAGUUCACCCGAGCCCUCCACCAUCCACUCAGGUUAGGCCGGUCCCCGGCCCGCCUGCCGCAGCCGUGGUGGCAGCCCCGGGAGGAGCCCUGGCGUCCGUUUCCUUCGAUUCUCGGGAUUUGAAGAUGGCUGCACAGUCAGCGCCGAAAGUUGUGCUAAAAAGCACCACCAAGAUGUCUCUAAAUGAGCGCUUUACUAAUAUGCUGAAGAACAAACAGCCGAUGCCAGUGAAUAUUCGGGCUUCGAUGCAGCAACAACAGCAGCUAGCCAGUGCCAGAAACAGAAGACUGGCCCAGCAGAUGGAGAAUAGACCCUCUGUCCAGGCAGCAUUAAAACUUAAGCAGAGCUUAAAGCAGCGCCUGGGUAAGAGUAACAUCCAGGCACGGUUAGGCCGACCCAUAGGGACCCUGGCCAGGGGAGCAAUCGGAGGACGAGGCCUGCCCAUAAUCCAAAGAGGCUUGCCCAGAGGAGGACUGCGUGGGGGACGUGCCACCAGAACCCUGCUUAGGGGCGGGAUGUCGCUCCGAGGUCAAAACCUGCUCCGAGGCGGACGAGCCGUAGCUCCCCGAAUGGGCUUAAGAAGAGGUGGUGUUCGAGGUCGUGGAGGUCCUGGGAGAGGGGGCCUAGGGCGUGGAGCUAUGGGUCGUGGCGGAAUCGGUGGUAGAGGUUAGUCAGCUACCAACUUCAGAGAGUAGCUCCCCCUAUUUUCCUCCCUUACAAACUCAGAGCCACCUUUCUGCACAGCUUCGAGUCGUAGGCAGGCUUCUUUGUUUGUCUUGUUUUGUUAUUUGAAACUGGCUUAUUUCCUAAAUUCCCAUGCUGGUAGUGUGAAAGUCUUAUGAUUUUUCCAAGAACCAGUCAAGUGCACAUUACAGAGCCUGGUUAUAUGCAGUCUUCCAGGUUUUGCAAGUUUAAAUUAUAUUAAAAUUACCCCACAAAAUUUGUCAGUUUAGGGUUUUACCUUUCUCUGUCCCUCUCCCAUCACCAC